CCGGCCCGCCUGGCUCCCCUCCCGGCCCGCCUGGCUCCCCUCCCGGCCCGCUCCUUCUCCAGCCACGCCAAGACGCGCUCGUACCUCCAGUAUGUGAAGAGGAAGAUCAUGGCCCCUCCCAGUCCUCCGUACGGACACGUCUGCCAGGUGGGCGACCCGGUUCUGCGCUGCCGUGCCGAGGCUGUGGACCCGGCGGCAGUGACGGGUCCUGAGGUCCAGCGGGUCAUCAGCACCAUGGUGAAGGUGAUGCGGAAGCAGGAGUGCGUGGGGUUGAGCGCCCCCCAGGUCGGGGUGCCGCUCCGCAUCCUGGCCCUGGAGUUUCCAGAGCGGAUGCUGGACGACGUGUCCCCGGCCUCCAGGGAGGUCCGAGGUCUGUCCGCCCAGCCCCUCAGGGUGUUCGUGAACCCGCGGCUCAGGGUUCUGGACGGCCAGACGGCUCUCUUCCAGGAGGCCUGCGAGAGCAUCUCAGGCUUCUCUGCUGCGGUUCCUCGGUUCCUGUCCGUGGAGGUGUCGGGCCUGAAUGAAAAAGGAGAACCGGUGUCGUGGCGGGCCAGCGGCUGGCCGGCCCGCAUCCUGCAGCAUGAGAUGGACCACCUGGACGGCGUCCUCUACAUCGACCGCAUGGACAGCAAGACCUUCAUCAACAUCCACUGGCAGCAGCACAACGAGUAGACCGGACGCCGGGUCCUCAGACAGCUGAGGCUGUGGCGGUUGGUGGUUCUGGUUGAAAGAAGAGGUCUGGAUGAAGUGAACUCACAGAGAACCUGGUAAAGCAGAAGCAGCUCCUGAGGACCUCAGAUGUGUUUGAUGAAACAUCACAUGAAUGAAACGGUGCCGACGGCAGGACAUGAUCCAGGAGAACAACCGUGAUGGAACAUCUGGAACACGCUGAUGUCGUCUAAAUUAUUCUUCUUGUUCUGCUUGGUUCUGUUGAAACGUUCAAAUCGUACGACUAAUCAAACACUUCAUGGCCAAAAACUACUGAACUUCUGCUGCACUUGGUUCUAAAGUCACCGAGUCUCUCUGUGGAAACACCGUCCAGCUGGACGCCCACCUGGACGCUCACCUGGACGCUCACCUGGACGCUCACCUGGACGCCCACCUGGACGCUCACCUGGACGUCCACUGAGUCAGCGGUGGAUUGUGUCCCACUGAGGAGCUCCAUUUUGUUUGUAGUACAGAAUCUAAUGCAAACAGUUUUGUGUAAUUGGCUGAACUGAGACGUGCAGAUUAAAGUGAUUUCUGUUAAACAUCAGAA